UUAAUUUUAAUUUUUCCUAGGAAGGGUAGAAAUGAGACGAAUUUCAAGGACUGAUGUUUGUUCUUUUGGAAUUUUCUUCUUGUUUUGGAAAUUGGGCUACUACGUUUCUACAUGUUUUAUUCGGUCUUUCUCGUGUUUUUUUUUCUAUUAAACGUCUUUGGAAAUUCUGAUUUUUAGGGAGUUUUUAAUUUUUUGGGUUGAUUUUUUUCUGUUGGGCUGUCCAAUCGAAAUGGGUUUUCGUAGCUGAUUGAAAUGACUCACAUUUCAUGACAUUUCCUCUCUCUGUUUGCAGUCAAUUGACUUAUUUUUGUAUCAUUACCAACUUGUGGUUGCUUUAAUGCAUUCCCAUAUCUUUUCCCAUGUCCAGUGAAAUAUCUUACUACUCCUGGCAUGAUAGACACUUCAUUUCAUUCAUCUCCUUGCUUUUAAAUUUUAGCUGUCCAAACAGGCCGAGAACUGGGUAUUUUUUAUCAGCCAUGAUAGAGGGAAUUCCAGGCACAUGACUGCAACAUUUCCAGGUGUGAAGAAAAAAGGUUGGAGAUGAAGUAUAUGAAACUUGGAACACGGCCUGAUACUUUCUAUACUGCAGAAGCUGUGAGAUCUGUCUCCACAGAAGUUUCAAGUGAUCUUAUAGUCCAAGUUAAAAGCAGCAGAUAUCUUCUCCACAAGUUUCCUCUGCUCUCCAAAUGCUUGCGCUUGCAGCAACUAUGCUCUGAAUCAACAGACGCAGAACCCGUGAUCGAACUAUCUGACUUCCCUGGCGGCAUUGAGGCGUUUGAGAUCUGUGCAAAGUUCUGUUAUGGCAUCACCAUCACCCUCAGUGCAUUCAACAUAGUGUCUGUCCGAUGUGCAGCCGAAUACCUUCGGAUGACGGAGGACGUCGAGAAGGGUAAUCUUAUAUACAAGCUUGAAAUCUUCUUCAAUUCUUGCGUACUUCGUGGCUGGAAGGACACCAUUGUUACACUACAGACCACCAAGUCCUUUGCUCUCUGGUCUGAAGAUCUUGGAAUCACGAGCAGAUGCAUUGAUGCGAUCGUUUCGAGAGUCCUAAUACACCCGUCGAAGGUGAAUUGGCCUUACAGCUAUUCUAGAGGAAACAGAGAAGGUGGGCAGUAUAACAGCAUAGAGAGCCAAAAUCACAAGCUUAUUCCAAAAGGAUGGUGGGCUGAAGACAUUGCUGAAUUGGGAAUAAACUUCUAUUGGAGAGUCAUGCUAGCAAUCAAAUCCUCAGGUAAAGUACCUGCUAAUCUCAUCGGCGAGGCAUUGCAGGUCUAUUCGUGCCGAUGGCUACCCAAUAUCUCGAAAGAUACCAGCAAUAAACAAGUGACCGAUGCUUGUUCAGAUCCAGUUGGAGAGAUAACUUCAAGACAUCGGUUUCUUUUGGAAUCGAUAGUAAGCUUGCUUCCAAUGGAGAAAGGUUCUGUAUCUUGCAGUUUCUUGCUUAAGCUGCUAAAGGCGGCGAACAUACUUGGUGCUUCUUCUUCUUCGAAGAUGGAAUUGGCAAGGAGAGUGGGGAUUCAAUUGGAGGAAGCGACAGUCAGGGAUCUGUUGAUUCCGUCUCUGUCACAUGCUAAUGAGACAUUGUAUGAUGUUGAUAUUGUUAUGACUAUAUUGGAGCAGUUCAUGUUACAGGGGCAGAGUCCACCGACGAGCCCGCCUAGAGCUAGGGCGGGCUUUGAGAGAAGGAGGUCCCGGUCUGCGGAGAACGUCGAUUUUGAGUUUCAGGAAAGCAGGAGGUCAUCUUCAGCAUCACAUAGCUCGAAACUUAAGGUCACGAAGCUCAUAGACAAUUAUCUCCAGGAGAUUGCCCGCGAUGCGAAUUUACCUCUGCAGAAGGUGAUAGCACUUGCUGAGGCGGUACCGGAUUUUGCUAGGCCUGAUCACGACGAUCUCUAUAGAGUCAUUGACAUUUAUCUCAAGUCCCACUCAGACCUUGAUAAGAGCGAAAGAAAAAGGUUAUGUCGAAUCUUAGACUGCAAGAAGCUGUCAAUGGAGGCCUGCAUACACGCCGCACAGAACGAACUACUUCCACUGAGAGUAGUUGUACAAGUUCUCUUCUUUGAGCAAGCUCGUGCUGCCAUGUCUGGAGCCCAAGUGACUGAGCUGCCUAGCAACCUUAAAGCUCUGCUAACUGCCCACGAAGACGACGCUUCAAGGCCUUCCCAACUACAUGGCGCAGCUGGAGCCACUGCAGAGGAUGAGUGGAGCAUUUCUGGACUGAAAUCCCCCAAGUCGAAGCUGUCAACGCUCAGGAUGAAGCUGGCGGAAGCAGAUGGGGACAUGGACGACGAUGUCAUGCAACAAGAUGGUUCUGGUAGGACGUCGAAGCUGAAGGCCUUGUGCUCAAUUCCUACCAAACCCAAGAGGAUGCUGAGUAAGUUGUGGUCUAUCAAUAGAAGUAUAAGUGAAAAGCAUUGAUUGGUGUUUGUUUACUUGAUGGUAGAAUGGGAUUUGUAAUGUGUAGAGGUCGAUCCAAAUUCCCUCUAUUUGCUUCUUAUGCUUGCUUAGUUCUAGGAUAUUGAUUCCAUUUUCAACUCCUGCUGUACCUUACAGUAAUAAACAAGAAAAAUCUCUUCAAGGAUUCCAAACCCAUGAAAUUAGCUGUCACUGGUUUCUCAUAUGCUUCCAACUCCUGCUGUACCUGACAGUAAUAAACAAGAAAAAUCUCUUCAAGGAUUUCAUACCUAUGAAAUUAGUUGUAACUGGUUUCUCA